AUGCCCUUGGGUUUCUUAAGUUCAUUCUGUAUUAUUCAUGGGCCUUUUUCCAAAGGGGAUUUACUUGAGGUCUUUGCCAGCUGGCAGAUUUUUUGGUUGAUUUUGAUGAUUUUGACCCUUCAAGCAACAAGAUUUAUAUCAGUCCGACUGGUAGCGAUUGAAUCAAUAAAAGACCUAUAUAAUAUAUAUAUUGCCGAGCUUCAUUUGAAUCUUGGAAUAAACCAAAACCAUGUCCUCAUUCAUCCUUCAUCAGUGCCAGUCUUGUCGACAUGUCAACCAUAUAGACGCCUCACUUGCUGCCUUUCCGGGAAGCAUUCAUUGUAGCCAGUGCGGCUUUCCGAUGUCUGACGGUAAUAUGAAAGUGGAAGACGAGCUUUCUACCCUCCUAGAAAAGCAUCUGACCAUGGGAGUUUCCCAAACGGGAUCGCGUCCACAAAUGUCAUUUGUUUCUACAUCAUGCCCAGCCCCCUCGCCGAUAAUGUAUAGUAUUUCCCAGCACUAUCACCAUUCCUCACACCUGGCAUCUCAGACCAAUGGAGCCCAAGGGUCGAAGUCAGUUCAACGAUAUGAAGCCACAAAUGACGGCCUCAACACUUUGACAAGACAUGAUGUGGACCCCUCAUCGCUUUCGCCAGACCAACUAGACCUGUUCAUGAGUUCCGAAGAUGAACAAAGGUCAUUUUCCCUUCAGGCAUGGAAGGGCUGCCAGAGCAUCAGAGAACAGGACCUCGCGUCUAGAUCAAGAAACGUGCUCUCUGAAGCUACCUACAUGCGCACGAACUGUUGACCUGGGGUUUUGAAAUGGAUGUCUCGGUCUAUGGAUUGGAAACCGACAAUGACAUACAAUACGCAGAGCCAUACAUGAUUUCCGGCUACGAGACAAUUCCGGGCCCAAAAUUUUCAUUAUAG